GAGCCUGGCGGUACCUGGUCGAGCCUGGCCCGGAGCCCAGGAGGCUGGUUCGGUCGGGUCCAGUCCGUGAGAUAUCAGCUGCCGGUGAGUCGGACUAUCCCGAGACUGACCCAACGCCUGAAGUUCGGUCCUGUGGGAGAGAGAUGCGCUGCACGGUCCAACCUGAGGUGCCGGAACAAAUCGGCCCGGCCCAGAAGUUAUUGAACCUUUGAAGGGCUUCCCCAAGGACGGACUCCCGGUUUCGAGCCGAACCGGGCCGUAUAACAUUAUUUGGAGAAAGGAGAUGAGGCCCAGUUCAAACCCUGCUGACAGCAAAUAACUUUCUCAAGGGAAAGGGGAGACCAGAACCCAGCAGACCUCGGCCAGUGCAUCCAGGGAAGGAGAGAUCAGAACCAGUGCACCAAGAGGAGGAGACUCCAGAAGCCAUUAGAAACAGGUCAAAAUACAGAAGGGAAAAGCAACUGGAAUCCACCAGAGACGGGUCAAGCGACCAGGGGAAGAAGGCACCAGAACUCAGCCGAACCACGUUCAGGGGUCUAGGAAGGGAGAGAGCAGAACCCAGUCACCUUAUCAAGGAGACAUGUAAUUCGGGCCCACCACAGACCUAGGUCUGCCUAUCAGAGGAAGAGGAAAACAGGACUCAAGUGGACAGAUGAGAACAGAAUGGACUGAAUGGCGGAAGACAGCAACAGUUGACAGGGUUGAUUGUUGUGGAGAAAAUAAGGCCAGACCAGCUUGCUUUGAGAGACUGGAUUCAGCCACGUGAGUGAGGCUAAUUAGGAGGUGGCUGAGCCAAAGCCAGAGGGGUUUGUUGUUCCAAAGCCUGGUUGGGGCUUCUACAUGUAACCACGUCUGGCUUGUGUGAGGAGCCAGGAAGCAGAAGGAGAGAUCACAUCGGGCAAUGCCAGAGAUGACCCAGCCCAGCGAUGUGCUAACACCUCCUCCCACUGCCAGCACUUCCAUGGACGGCAAUGUAGUGGCCAUCAUCAUAGCUGCAACAGUUUCUUCAUCUGUGUUCGUAGUGGCGAUCUUGGUGCUGCUAUUGCUCUUGUACCACCAGGACCCCCUGUGCUGCCAGUUCCUCUGCUCCUGCCGUUUCUUUCAGAGUCCCAGCCAAUAUGAUUGUCCUCCUCCAUACUUCAGCAGUAACCAGCGGCUGGUGGGACCCCAAUCAGGAGCACAGCAAUUGGAAAGCCCUGCCGAGAAUCCUGGGGUGCAGGGAGAUGAACUAUUCUGCGUUGGACCCCCCAGCAGCUAUCAGCUCCCUCCCUGGGAGCAGCUGCGCUUGCCAAGCUACGAGAGCGUGCGGAAGAAGGAUCGGCAGCGGGAGAUCCAUCAGCUGAUUGCCGAGAGGUUUGGACUGUGGGUGGACCCCUCCCAGGAGAUGCCACCUCCCUAUGAGCAAGCCCUAAGGCAUCCUCCAGCUGUCUCAGGGACUGGAGCAGGGUCAGAGUUACCAGAUGGGCACGGAUUGCUGGACGCAUUCCAGGCCUCAGUCAGCUACCAAACUCAAAGGAACACAGCUGUGUAGAAUGGGAAUCAACCCUGGAACACCUCUCCUUCCUUCUGUGGCAAGGACAGCGGGGCCUGUGAGGUCUCUCCCUGCCGGCAGGGCGGAAUGGAACUUCAUGCCUUCGGCCAGUCACACAAACAGCUGAGAACCCCUUGUGCCAAUCACAGGCAAAGCAGUGUUGAUUUCCAUCAACUCACUCCCCUCCAAGAACGAAGGUGGAGUGAAGACCAGGAUCGAUUUAACAGCCAUCUCUCUCCCAGAAACAGUGGAAUAAACCUGAGGGGAUUUCUGCUCCACUAUUUUCACUCCAGUAACCUUAUCUUAACCAAAGACCAUGGAAUAAUCCUCAGCCAUUUCUGUUGUACGUGAGGGGGCAGAGCAAAGGUGAUGGUCCACUCAGCCAAGGACUCUGGAGCAAAGGCAUGGGGCUGUUUCACUGUAACGUAAGUCUCUGUGAGGCUGCAGCAGCUACUGCCCCACACUCCAAGUAUUAAACCUCGGAAGCUAGGAAUCUCGUCCUCAAAUGCUUUAUCUUAUCUACUUCUUAUGUUGUAAAAACAUUUACCUUAUCAGGUACCAGUGGGAAUCCUGACCCGCAAGUGACAAUGAAUGUAUUUGUUCUAGAGCUGCUAUCAUCAAAUCAUAGCUCCGUGCUCCACAUUCCUCGGGGAUUUAAAAAUGCUACGUGGAGGAAGGCUUGUAAGUUCCGACAAGAUAAAGGUUCAGCAAGGGCUAGGACUCUUGGGAUUGUACAGCAAGUUGCUCCACAAUGCUGUAAACAAAGGCAGAGAACAGCCACAUUUCAGAACAGCAUGAGCUGUGUGCCAAACCGUGCAACUGGGAAAGCUAAUGUAACUUCAGGGGACUUCACCCUGAAAGGUGCAAGGGUAGAACCAUGCUGAUAACACCCUAAGACACUCAGUUCCCCUUCAUAAACAAAUGGCUAUUUGAAUUCUGGAGAUCAGAUAAUCUAAUUUCCCCAGUGCUGAUGUAACUGCAACUCAGAUUUUCAACUACUUUUUUGUAUUUCAGGAUGAACUUUAAAAAUGUUUACAAUGUUAUAGAUAAAACAGGGCCAGUCAGAUCACAAGAUGUCUGCUGUGUGACAUCUGACUGAAGUUUUGUUGUUUGGAUUAUGCCUCUUUCACGCUUCAGCUGAUGAAUAUGAUGCUCUGACUUCUUUGCCCAACUGGGAGUUCCAAACUUAGUCAAAUUAGCUUUGAAAGCAUGAGCACAUCACCUCCUCUAAGUCAAGGGGACAUGGCAUUAAUCUGUUGGAGUUUGAAAAAGACAAAA